UUACAGAGUUGGCAACAGCCACCAACACUUGUACUUGGGGAUUCUAUAUGUGCGCUAGUAACUCCGUGUGCAUAUCAAGUAGAGGCAGAUGUGACGGUAUAACCCAGUGUACUAAUCGAGAAGAUGAAAGUAACUGCCCGACAAGGUGUAAUGGAAAUAGCUUCAGGUGCAGCAAUAAUAACUGCAUAUCGAGGAGUUACCUAUGCAAUGGUUACAAUAACUGCCGUGACGGGUCCGAUGAAUCCACCGCUCUUUGCGGCGGCGCAGCAUUCCAAGUGAGGCUGGUGGGAGGAAGGUCGUUAAACGAAGGACGCGUGGAAGUUUACUAUCCCCCGACACGUACAUGGGGUACAGUCUGUGAUGACGAUUGGGAUUUAAACGAUGCCAUCGUCGUUUGUCGUCAGCUUGGAUUACCCCGCGCUACACAGGCUAUAUCUAGGGCAAGGUUUGGUCAAGGAACAGGCCCUAUUCUGCUCGACGAUGUACAAUGUAGAGGCUCAGAGUUAACAUUGCCAAGAUGUUCAUCUGGAGGGUAGAAAAACCAUAAUUGUGGUCAUAGUGAAGAUGCUGGUGUAGUGUGUGGCGCAAGUCUACCUUUACCAACAAGUAAGUAAUAGUCUAAAUGUGUACUGACCGCUUGUACCAACUCCUGAGUUAGGAUCACUACAGGGUCGGAUCCGUAGGAAAUUUAGAAGAGGGUGACUGUUCCUAACGAUAUA